AAGAAAUAGCCAAACCACAUGUCAUCACAUUCGUGUGACAGCGUAAACAACAUUACAGUCAUUUUCCAUAAAAUUGCUUGUAAUUACAGCUGUACCAAAAAAAUAAUCUGGAGCUCCACAUUCAGCAGACCCCCAAAAAUGACUACAGGAAUUACUUACGACAACCGAAUGGUUGAACACAAGUGCCUAUGGGAUUUGAACUACAAUGAAAAACCUGAAAGAUUUACUAGCAUACUAAGAAGGUGUGAAGAACUGCAACUUCUGAACAGAUGCAUAUAUAUUAAACCAAGAGCAGCUACCAAAGAGGAAUUACUGAUGGUGCACACACCUGAAAUGAUUAGUAUUCUUAAAAAUACAGCAGGCUUUUCUGAUGAGGAAGCAUUGGAACAAUUGAGUUCGAAAUAUGAUUUUUUGUACAUUCACCCGAGCACCUAUGAUUUGUCAUUAUUAGCUGCUGGAUCAACAGUUGAACUGGUGUCUAACAUAUUAGAUGGGAAAAUAAAAAACGGAAUGGCCGUUAUAAGACCACCAGGUCAUCACGCCAUGAAGAGUGAAUAUUGUGGUUAUUGUUUCUACAAUAAUGUGGCAAUUGCUGCCCAAUAUGCGCUCGACAAUCAAGGCCUUAAAAGGAUACUAAUUGUAGAUUGGGAUAUUCAUCACGGACAGGCCACGCAGCAGAUGUUUUAUGACGAUCCAAGAGUCUUGUAUUUUUCAAUCCACGGCUACCAAAACGGUGCGUUUUGGCCUCACCUCCGUGAGUCCGACUAUCAUAACAUCGGUCGUGGUGCUGGACUAGGAUAUAACAUCAAUAUCCCGAUGAACGAAAUUAAAAUGGGCAACAGCGAUUACAUGGCCAUAUUUCACCAGUUGAUAUUGCCAAUCGCGUAUGAGUUUAACCCCGAACUAGUUAUCGUGAGUGCUGGGUACGAUGCGGCACUCGGAUGCCCUGAAGGCGAGAUGGAAGUAACACCUGCAUGUUACAGCCAUUUCACAAAUUCGCUAAUGGGCCUUGCAAAUGGUCGACUUGCCGUUGUCCUUGAAGGAGGAUAUUGCUUAAAAUCGUUGUCGGAAGGUGCCGCCCUAACCUUGCGAACCUUGCUAGGCGAUCCCGCUCCUUUUAUACAGAACUUAGACGCACCUAAGAAAAGUGCCCAACAGGCAAUUAUGAGUGCGAUGUACGUCCUUCGCCGUCAUUGGAAUUGUCUUCAACAUUUAGAAGAAUUCAACGUACAAGAAAUAAAAGAUCCAAUGAAUCUUCCUGAAGACAAAUUCUGGCCGCGCAUAGAAUUCGUUGGCAGCGAUGAAAAGCCAGAAACGUAUGCUACUCGUGAUAUUUGUCCUGCGCAGGAUCCAAAAGUUGCAGCAGAGCUAGAUGCGCAGCUAGAUGAUUUAAUUGCAAGUACCUGCUUGGACACCCAGCCAAAUCGCGUUGGCUUUAGUACAAACCCAGCAGAGCCUAUAGUCACACAGUUAGAAAUUAUUCAGCGUUGCCACAUGAUGCAAACAGAACGAUCCGAAAUCUCGAUUGCGGAAGAAACAUCGGGAACGUUUAGUAACUUGAUAGGUAGCAUCCUUGAUGGAACAUGCCGUAGUGGCAUUGCAAUUAUGGAUAACUCUUCCGAAAAUUUGAUUAAAACUUUGAAAUAUGCAAUCGAUAGUCGCGUCACCAAAAACGUAAUGUUUAUCGAUAUGAGGAAUCACCCCGACGUUGAAAUACAAAGAGCAUUUCAAGAAGAUGUUCGCAUCUUAUGCGCAUCGCUGUAUUCCCCAUUUGCUGUGGAUGAUGUGGAACUUAUGGGGCUGAACGAUUCAAAAAGAUACAUCGUUAAUAUUAGUUUGCAGACUAAUUGCGGUGACGCAGAAAUAUUUUCAAGUUUUUUUCGAGUACUGUUGCCCAUUGCUUAUCAGUUUGGACCCCAGUUAAUCGUUAUUGCAGCAGAUCAAUCAGGAAAUAUUUCAGCGGAAUGUUUCGGUCAAAUCAUACACCUGCUAACGUCACUAGCUGGAGGUCGAUUGUCUGUGACUUUCGAAAAUUCUCUAGUAACUAACUCCGGCAUAAACCGAAUAAAAAGCUGUGUUCAGGCUCUUCUGGGAGAGCCAAUUGGUAUGCCAGGGGAAAUCUAUUAUCGACUACAUGCCACAUCAGUGUGUACUAUUCGUACCGUGAUUAAAGCGCAUAAUCCUUACUGGAAUGCGUUGCAGUUCAAUAUGGGGGUACCGGAUGUGAACGUACUUGUACCACCAUUUAUGAACGACGAUAAGGUUUUAAGAUAUAAUCCUGAGCUUUUACAUUAUUAGAUUUAUAGGUUGCAUCUAACCUUAAUGAAUAUUUCAUUGAAGAUGUACUGCUAGAUGUUAAAAGUACACAGAUGUAAUUAA